AUGCGCGGGUCCUCUUUGGGGAUCGUAGUUCCUUUAUUGCUGAUCGUCGUCGUCAUUCGUUGGCCCGUCUACUGCACCUCGGAAUCUAACAAGGCUGCGAGAGCAACCAAAAGUCGACCGAGGACCUCUCGUUCGCCAUGGCGCUUAGUAGUGAGUUUGACGCAGCCUCAAGCUCCGUUCAAGGCAGACGUGCAAAGAAUGUGGGAAGAGGUCAGACUGGAAUCUGCUCAGGGAGACAUGGAAGUAUCUUUCGUGGAAGCGAGAAUGAUGCCUAUAUCGGACUCGCUUUCUUAUCCUUUGUCGCUGUUGAACAAGUUCUGCUUGAACAUCAGUGGUGGAAAGACCUUACUUAGCGUAGUGAUCGGUGGAGGAUCCGCUGCCAGAUUUCUGGUAACAGCUGCCACUUCUGUAAAUCUGCCUACGUUGUGGCUUCCCUUUGCACAUCGUGACUUCCUUCAGCAGGAGAGGAAAGGGCGUUUCGAAAAUCGCUUAGGCUCGAGCUCGGAAGAAGUAGGAGCAGCUGCCGCUGCUCUGAUGCACAAGGCUAACUGGCAUGCGUUUACUCUAUUGGUAGACACUACGUUGCUUCCGAUACAUCAUUUGUUACAGUCUGAUCGACCGGUGUUAACCCCCAGGGCAAUAAUUCAUUUACCAGCAACGGACAAAACGCUGUAUUUCAGAUUAAGAAGAAUCGCGGAAGAAGGUGGAAGCGGUGGUGUGCUCGUCAUGUGCUGUGACCUAAACAAUGCACGGAAGAUUCUUGCAACGGCUAGCAGAUUUGACAUGUUAUCGGGAAGGUUUCUUUGGUUAUGGUUGGAUCUUAAAGCAGAACUCAGAUCGAACGAGCUAAAUCCAAUGAAUCCACAUGUUUUACACUCUAAUCGUGUUUCGAUUACUGGUGGAGAAACUGCGUUACCUUUGGAAAGUAACAAUCACAAUACAAAUUCGAUGCCAGAAAAAGAAAUACAUUUGCACUCGUUACCAAACUUUGCAAGUGACGUACACAAAUUGCAGGAAUUUCGAUGGCAGAGUGAGAAAAUUAUUAGGAAAAGAGAGGAUAGAGUAUUCCAGUUCGAUGACGACGAAGAAAUGAAGUUUGCUGAUAGAGGAAUGAAUUCGAAAAAUUUCAUGCCGGUAGGAAUGCUUGCAUUAAGGCCUGUUGGUACGAGACUCACAAGUGGUGAUUCAAUAUUGAAUCGAAUGCUACGGGAAACGUCCAGAGUUCUGGAUCACGUGAUGACCGAGCUGAAACCACAGUUAAGUCGAUUACGAGACACUCAGAUAAAGGAAUACUUCAUGCCAGAUUGCUUCACUCAGCCGAACGCUAAAUUUCUAACAAACGAUGCACGAGAAAACGUUUCCAGAACUCUGUCGGAGAAGUUAAAAGAGGCGAUACGACAGAUUUCUCGGGACAAGGCGGAGUUCCAUUUGUUAAACCUACAAGCGAUAAAAUUUGCCGGAAACAAGACUCAACUUAGGUGGACGAAAGUUGGAACGAUAAAAGGUGGAAAAGAAGUACGUCUUGACACCAUUAUUUGGCCCGGAGGGGGAAUCGUCCCAGCUUAUUUGGAACAAGGUGGUGACAAAGUUGGAAUGCCAAUUUACAGGAUCGUGACAGCAUUGGCACCACCGUUCGCAAUGGUAACGAGUUUACAAGAGGGUCAGUGUUUGCGAGGGUUAGCUUGCCGGCAGGGUGAUAGCAUCGUCUGCUGUUAUGGAUUAACUAUGGAUUUGCUGUCAUUAGUGGCGCGUGAGCUGGAGUUCAGAUUUGAUUUGUAUGUAGCAAACGACGGCUUGUUCGGUAAGAGGAACGGAAGAAGCGGUGAGUGGAACGGUGUUGUGGGAGAGUUGGUUUCUGGCCGUGCUCAGUUAGCCUUCGCGCCGAUGAGUGUGUCUGCAACAAGAGCAGAAGUAAUCGACUUCACCACACCAUACUUUUUCAGCGGUGUGAGUUUCCUAGCUGCCCCAAAGCUAAGGUCCGAAAUUCCUCUCUUGGCCUUCCUAUUGCCGUUUAGUCCAGAAUUAUGGAUCGCGGUGUUCACGUCACUGAACAUAACUGCCAUGGCAGUGGCAGCCUACGAGUGGUUGAGUCCUUUUGGACUCAAUCCAUGGGGCAGACAGCGUAGCAAAAACUUCUCCAUAGCUUCCGCACUUUGGGUGAUGUGGGGUCUUCUUUGCGGACAUCUUGUCGCUUUUAAAGCACCUAAAUCUUGGCCUAAUAAAUUUCUAAUUAACGUUUGGGGUGGCUUCUCCGUCAUCUUCGUAGCCUCCUACACUGCGAACAUUGCUGCAUUGAUAGCUGGUUUGUUUUUCCACUCAGCUGUCAGCAAUUACCACGAUCGGAGUUUGCUUUCCCAGCGCGUUGGGGCUCCAAGAGCUUCUGCGGCAGAGUAUUAUGUCCAACGAGCCAAUCCACAGUUAUGGUCCCAUAUGGCAAGGUACUCUUUAUCGGAUGUGGCUGAAGGCGUAGACCGAUUGAAAAACGGCAGCUUGGAUAUUCUCAUAGCCGACACUCCUAUUCUGGACUAUUAUCGUGCCACUGAUAUUGGUUGUCGGCUGCAAAAGAUUGGAGAUACCAUCAAUGAGGACACGUAUGCUGUGGCUCUAACAAAAGGUCAUCCUCUCAAGGAAAGCAUAUCAAAAGUAAUUGCAAAUUAUACGAGUAAUGGAUUACUGGAUAUCCUUCAGGAGAAAUGGUAUGGAGGACUGCCAUGCAUCAGAGGUCAAGAAGGCUUGGAUGCAAGUUUGGAGCCAGUACCAGGGGGACAACCUAGACCUCUGGGGGUGGCCUCAGUGGCAGGAGUUUUUUGUCUAUUGGGCCUAGGUGUGAUUCUGGGUGCCAUCAUUCUUGCUGGAGAACAUUUGUUCUACCGAUACACACUGCCAAGGCUUAGGCACAGGCCUAAAAGUUCGGUUUGGCGUAGUCGCAACGUCAUGUUCUUCUCGCAGAAGCUCUACAGGUUCAUCAACUGCGUUGAGUUGGUUUCGCCUCAUCAUGCGGCUCGAGAACUGGUCCAUACGGUUAGGCAAGGCCAGAUCACGUCUCUCUUCCAGAAAAGUGUAAAACGAAAGGAGCACGAACAGAGGCGGAGGCGCAAGAGCAAAGCCCAGUUCUUCGAGAUGAUACAAGAGAUAAGGAGGGUACAGCAGGAGGAGAAAACGGAGCCGACCUCGAAGGACCCGGAGGACCGGCGCGCCGCGAAGAAGGAGGAGCGCGCCGCGAAGGGGAGGGAGCGGAGCCGCAGCAAGAGUCCGCUGAUGCCGCACAGCCCGAAGCGACCGGAGAAGAGUCGGAGCUCGACGAACCUCUCGAGUUCGCGGCUAGGCCUCUCCCCGAUCGGCCUGGAGGCCCCGAUGAAGCCCCGCGAGUUCACCCUGAGCAGCACCAAUCUGCGGGCCCGAAGCCCCCUGGAGACGGUGGGCCGGCGGCUGAGCCACGGGGACGGAGGCUCGCCACCCCCGCGGCUGGGCUCGCACCUGGGGGGCAGCGCCACCCUGAGGCCGGCGGCCGCGUUGAGCGGCGGCUCGACGACCCCGCGGUACUCCCGCAGCCCGGCGAAGCGCGGCCAGUCCUUCCCGGUGUUCGCCACCCUGAGGCCCCCGACGGCGGGGCGCCGCCAGGUGCCGGCCAGCCCCCCGGCGAGUCUACCGCCGUCGCCGAGCGGCGAGGAGGCCCCGGCGGCGGGCCGCGACCUCCUGCCCGGGAGGGUGCGCGCGGCCCGGUCCAGCGCUACCCUGGCGCUCGACCAGGAGCCGGAGCGGCCCGCGCUCCCCAGGGAAGAACGAGUGGAGCGGGUGGAGCGGCAGGAGGUCGUCGCGGCCCCGAAGAGGCCCGUGCGCCGAGCCCGCAGCCACGAGAACCGGGAGUUCGCCAGGCCCGAGCCGGCCGCGGCUCGACCCGCCGCCCAGCCCGUGGUCGGCGGCCGGUCCGUCAGCGAGAGGACGAAGAAGCAGCUGGAGUCCGAGCUCAAGGCCAUCCUGACCGCCCGGGCGCACCACCGCGACCUACACCCGCCUUGA